AUGCAGCGUGACGAGUGCAUCUACAACUUGAUCCCCAAGGUGCACGUGGAGCCUGUGAAGCCCGAGCGCUAUCGUUCCAAGUUCGACCCUCAUGUGCAGCCGACAGGGAGCACCUUCGGUGUGCGCGGCAAGACCAAGCUCGAUGGCGCGAACCUCGGCACGGCACAACGGAUCGAGAAGCCUGCAAGCGCUCGCGGCUUCGGGCGUCUACCGGCCAAGCCCGACCCCAAGUCGUUCAUCCGCAAGGGCGAACGCAGCGCCACCGCCGUCGUCUCCAAGAAACUUAUUAACCCGCUGUCUUUCGUUGCUUGGUCUCCAGCGGGCAAGUUCAAUUACCCCGGGGCGACAAGAGCUCCCGUAGUGAAGAGGGACGACAAGCCUAUCAUGGGGCUCAAGUCGGCCAAGAACUUCAUCACGGCCAACGCUGUCGAGACCAUCCUCGCUGUACCCGGCAACCGCGCGCGCGUGAAGAACGAGCCUCCUCAGUACAUGACGAAGGAGGACUACGGCCAGGUGCCGCGGUACUUGAGCCAGGUGAAGGACGAGAUCGAGCGCGAAAACUCCAUGAUCGAGGAGUUCGUGCGGCAGAACCACAACCUGAUGGAGGAGGACAGUCGCGAUCGCGUGGAGGCCAUGGACGAGAGCGAGCGACUGGCGCUGGUGGACGCGCUCAAGUCCAAGUGGGACCACGUGAACGCCAAGUACCAGAAGCUCUGCCAUAACGUCGUUUUCGACACCCUUGGCAAGGUGCGGCGAAAAGAGACCUUCGAGAAGGAGCUGACGCAGCUCGAGAAGGACAUUCAGCUGCUCGAGAAGGGCCACGUCGUCGUCAGCCAGAGCAACAACGACCGCUACUGA